UAGGAUUUAUAAUUCAUAUAUUUUGAGCGGUAUAAUUACAAUGAAUUUUUAAAAUUUGGAUCAGUUGGUAUUCAUAAUUGUAGUUAAAAAACAAAAAGAGUACAGUAAGUGAACAAUUGUCAUGCUAAGCUGCCUGAAUGAUUAAUAAUAACAAAUCGUCAGAGUUAAAUAAAACACUUGAAAUUUGUAUAAACUAAACUUUUAAAAAUGAUUAUUGCAUUAUCAUAUAUCGUUACAUCAAUAUUAUUAUCUGGUGUGUUAUUAUUGAUUAUCGCACACUUUUACUACCACAAUCGAAAUCAAGGACGUCUUUGUAAUUUGAUUCCUGGACCUAAAUUCUAUCCUAUAAUCGGCAAUGCUUUGGACGUAACAAUACAUCCUGAAGAUACUUGGAAUUUUUUACGGCGUACAUCAAUUAAUUUUUAUCCUGUGUGGAAAGUUUGGUUCGGAUUUUCGCCUGUUGUAAACAUACGUCAUCCCGAUGAUAUCGAAAUUUUGCUAUGCAGCAGUAAGCAUAUAGAAAAAAGUAUGUUUUAUGAUUUACUACAUCCUUGGUUGCACGAUGGAUUGUUGACUAGUACAGGAGAAAAAUGGAGAAGCCGAAGAAAAGUAUUGACUCCAGCAUUUCACCUGCAUAAUCUUAAAGAGUAUAUGGAUUGCUUUACUAAUCAUACAAAUCGCUUGAUCAAAAAUCUGAAAUUAGAAUCGGGUUCUGAUGGAGUCAUUAAAGAACUUUUACCAUUAGUUACAACAUUUACUCUUCAUACAAUAGUUGAAUCAACGAUGGGCGUUGUAAUUGAAGAAAAUGACAUGAAUCAGUACAAAAAUUCACUCUAUGAAUUUGGAGAAAUAUUAGUUUAUAGAUCUUUUAGACCAUGGUUACAAAAUGAUUUCAUUUUUGGAUUCACAUCUAGAGGUCGAGAAUAUGACAGACUUUUGAAGAAACUUCAUAACUUCACUAAAAAAAUAAUUGAGGAACGUAAACAGUAUCAUGAAGAAACUGAAGGACAAUAUUUAGAAAAUUUUAUGACGGAAAAUAAAACAGAUUUUGAACCUAUUCAAAAAAGUAAUAAGACUAAACAAAAAAGACUUGCUUUUUUGGAUCUUUUACUUUCAGUUGUAAAACAAAAAACAGGUGUUGAUGAACGAGGAAUUAAAGAAGAAGUUGAUACUUUUGUUUUUGAGGGUCACGAUACUACUUCAGCAGCAUUAUUAUUUGUUAUUUUGUUAUUGGCUGAAUAUCAGGAUAUACAAAAUCGAGUAAGAGCUGAAGUAGAAGAAGUAUUAAUUGAGAAUAAUGGAGAAGCAAAUUUUAAUGAUCUUCAACGUUUAACUUACUUGGAAUGUUGUAUUAAAGAGUCAUUAAGGCUUUAUCCCACUGUCCCAACUAUAUCGAGAAAAACUCAAGAAGAUUUAGUAUUAAAGCACUGUAUUGUACCAAAAGAAACAAUUUUAAAUGUCCAGAUAUUUGAUACUCACCGUGAUGCUAAUUUUCGGCCACGUCCGAAUGUUUUUGACCCAGAUAGAUUUUUGCCGGAAAAUUCAGUUACCAGGCACCCUUUUUCAUUUAUUCCAUUUAGCGCUGGUUCGCGCAAUUGCAUUGGCCAAAAAUUUGCAAUGCUUGAAUUGAAAACAUUCAUGGCUGGUCUACUUUACAACUUUUAUUUAGAACCUCAAGAAACUACCGCGGAUUUGAGAUUGAUUCCUGAUCUUGUGAUAAGACCGGCUCAUCCAGUUUAUGUUAAGUUUGUGCCAAUAAAUAGAUAGUGGUUAAUU